UAUGUGUUUUCUUCUUCCCCUUAUCCUCUUUCUUCUCCAAAACCUCUUCAGCCGAAUAAAAAAGUUUCGAUUUUUAUUUUUGUUUGAAAAUAAUGCAACUCAAAUCAGUUUAUGAGUUUAAUUUAUACAUAAAAUAAAAUAUACUAAUUUUAUUGUUUCUUAACAGUUGAAGAAGAAACAUGGCAGUAGCUAGGAUGAACAUGAACUGUUCGAUACAAAGCAGCCUUUCUUGUAUAUUAAAACCAUCCUAUUUUUUCAAUUUCAAGACUACCCAAUUCAAAAAUCGUCUUUACUUCCCUCAAAAUCACUUGAUUUCUUCAAAAAGAUCAUUGCUUUGUACUUGUUCAGGCAAUUUCCAAGCUAGUGAAAAGGCUGAACCUUUUGUUAUUACAACUCCUCUUUAUUAUGUCAAUGCCCCUCCUCAUAUGGGUAGUGCUUACAGUACUAUUGCUGCUGAUGCCAUUGCCAGGUUUCAGAGGCUUUUGGGAAAGAGAGUCAUAUUAAUAACUGGGACGGAUGAGCACGGGGAGAAGAUAGCUACAGCAGCAUCUGCUCGUGGCUCCAGUCCGAGAGAGCAUUGUGAUGUUAUAUCACAAGCUUAUAAAAUGCUGUGGAAAGAUUUAGAUAUAGCUUAUGACAAAUUCAUUCGUACAACUGAUCCAAAACAUGAAGCAAUCGUUGAGGAAUUUUAUUCUAGAGUUCUUGCUAAAGAUGACAUUUACCGAGCCGACUAUGAGGGACUGUACUGUGUCAAUUGCGAGGAGUAUAAGGAUGAGAAAGAGCUGCUCGAAAAUAAUUGUUGUCCUACGCACCUAAAGCCAUGUGUUCCUCGCAAAGAGGAUAAUUAUUUCUUUGCAUUGUCGAAAUACCAAAAACCAUUAGAAGAAAUUUUGGAACAAAAUCCAGAUUUUGUUCAGCCUUCUUACCGUUUGAACGAGGUCCAAGGUUGGAUAAAAAAUGGCUUAAGAGAUUUUUCGAUUUCCCGUGCAGCUGUGGAAUGGGGUAUUCCGGUUCCCAAUGACAAUAAGCAAACUAUAUACGUUUGGUUUGAUGCACUUCUCGGCUAUAUAACGGCUCUGUUGGAGGAUAAGGAGCAAAUAAGUUUACAAAGUGCUGUUUCUUCGGGUUGGCCUGCCUCAUUGCACUUGAUUGGAAAGGAUAUUUUACGUUUUCAUGCUGUUUACUGGCCGGCUAUGCUAAUGUCUGCUGGAUUGAGUCUCCCGAAGAUGGUGUUUGGCCAUGGUUUCUUGACGAAGGAUGGCAUGAAGAUGGGGAAGUCAUUAGGGAAUACAAUCGAACCAAAUGAAUUGGUUAGUAAAUUUGGAGCUGAUGCAGUCCGGUACUUCUUCCUAAGGGAGGUAGAAUUUGGAAGUGAUGGAGAUUAUUCUGAAGAGCGUUUUGUUAAUAUUGUCAAUGCACAUCUUGCCAACACAAUAGGAAAUCUUCUCAACCGUACUCUUGGACUUCUUAAGAAGAACUGCCAGUCAACUUUAGUAGUUGAUUCAUCUAUCGCAGCUGAAGGAAAGGAUUUUAAGGAUACCGUUGAGGAGCUGGUUGAAAAAGCUCGUAUCAAUUAUGAAAAUCUGUCCCUAUCAUCUGCUUGUGAAGCCGUGCUAGAGAUCGGCAAUGCUGGAAACUUGUACAUGGAUAAGCAUCAACCUUGGUCUCUUUUUAAGCAAGGCGGUGCUGCUUCCGAAGCUGCAGCAAAGGAUCUUGUGGUCAUACUCGAAGCAAUGAGGAUUAUAGCGAUCGCUCUAUCACCGGUCGCACCUAGCUUAUGUAGGCAGAUAUAUGCACAGCUUGGCUACUCCGAGGACCAGUUCGAUAACAUAAACUGGAGCAAAACAAAGUGGGGUGGACUAAAAGGUGGUCAAGUGAUGGCACAACCUAAGCCAGUGUUUGCAAGAAUUGAACAAAUAAAGGAAAAUGAAAAUGGGGCUGAAACAGAGCCUCAAAAGGUUGUGAAAAAGAAAGAGAAAAAGCAAAAAGUUCAAGGGGUGAUAGAAGCCUAGGGUUCUAAUUUUUGAAAGUAUGUAAUUUUUUUUUAUUUUUGAUCCGUGUCGGAUAUGAAUAUUUGCUCGACAUGGUAUAUAUUUAGAGGGGUUUUUUAGGGUUAUACUGUAUGUCUGUGUUAGACAUGGGUGUUUGAUACGGAUACUUCAAGAAAAAUAAAGGGUCGGAGUUAUGUGAAAUAA